CAUAAUACAUAUACUUGAGGUCUCUCUUCAUUUUCUCCUCCCUGUUCUUGCACCUGAUAAGAAUUAGAUCCCAAGGAACAACCAUGAAAAGAGGUGAAAGUUAUGGUGGUGGCCAGAGUUCCUUAGGCUACCUGUUUGGUUCUGAUGAUAAGCAAAAAAGCAUUGCACCACUGGCAUCACCUACUGCUUGUACACCGCCUUAUGGAAUCGAUAUCGAAGAAAAGCCACCAGAAAGUCCUCCUCCUCAAGAACGAAAAAGAGAUUCCAACAACUACAAAAGGAUCCAGGGUCAGAAUUCAGGAAAUUACAUCGCUGGCCGUCCAACCACUAAAGUUAAGUCGGUACCAGGUGGAGAUUCGUCGCUCGGUUACCUGUUUGGAGAUAAGUCGUGAGAUUUUGUACGACCAUGGUCUACCUCUUCGAAUGUUCUUUCGUGGUUGUGUCUGAUUUCUGCUACAUGUAGAAAGGGUGUGAAAUAUUGGUGCUGUUUGAAACUAGGUUAGGGUUUGUAGGGUUUGCUCUGCGUGUGAUAAUUACUGCCUAAAUAUUACUUUCUGAAGUUUCAACUACCAGAUUGGUUAUGAAAUAACAAGUCUCUUUUAUUUUUAUUUCUUUUCAUUGUUUAGGAUUUUCUCUACCACAGUUUGCCCCUUUGGCAAGACUUGGAACUGUAAAAUAAGCCUAAUGACAAGGCAGCUACUUCGAUGUGGUGUGUGAUUUGUUUAUUUUCAUGUAAAAAAUUCUGCUUUCGUGUUUCUUUGCGUAGACACAUACACAUUCACAAACCUCAGUAUAUUGGAAACUAGAAAUAAAAACUUACAUAUAAAAAGAGAGGAUGGGAGGGGGAGAAAAAUGGCUUAAAAUUAUGUUUAA